AUGGGCGUCUUGUACAAUGAACCUGUGUUUGUGACGCAGAGCCCUUCUGAGCCAGAUGACGAGGCUGGUGGCUGGAAGCUGCGCCGGCAGCGGGAGCGGCUGUGCCGGUUCACGGUGGGGCGGCUGCUGCCGCAGGGCGCCGACUGCGUCUUCCUGAACGGCUCGUCGACGCUGGCGCCGCCCUGGGAUCUCGACUACCCGGACUGGCCCGCCGGCGGCGCCGCCGUCGGCCUCGGCGUCGGCGUGGGCGCCGCCAACUUCACCAACGACACCGGCACGGCGGUGGUGCAGACGCCUCCGCCGCUGGGCCCAGUGCUGCCACCCUUCGAGCUGUGGCAGACGGUGCUGAUCGCGCUGUGCCUGGGCGCGUGCAUCGUCCUCACCGUCGGCGGCAACAUCCUCGUGCUGCUCGCCUUCAUCGUAGACCGCACCAUCCGACAGCCGUCCAACUACUUCAUCGCCUCCCUCGCUGCUACGGACAUGCUCAUCGGCACGGUGUCGAUGCCGUUCUACACGGUGUACGUGCUGAUGGGCUACUGGGACCUGGGCCCCAUCCUGUGCGACCUGUGGCUCUCGGUGGACUACACGGUGUGCCUGGUGUCCCAGUACACGGUGCUGCUCAUCACCAUCGACCGCUUCUGCUCGGUGAAGAUCGCGGCCCGGUACCGCAGCUGGCGCACCAAGCAGCGCGUCAUCUGGAUGGUGACCAUCACCUGGAUCAUCCCCGCGCUGCUCUUCUUCAUCUCCAUCUUCGGCUGGGAGCACUUCAUCGGCUACCGCGACCUGCUGCCCGGCCAGUGCGCGGUCCAGUUCCUCAAGGACCCCAUCUUCAACACGGCGCUCAUCAUAGGCUACUACUGGACGACGCUGGUGGUGCUGUUCGUGCUGUACGGCGGCAUCUACAAGACGGCGUACGACAUGCAGAAGAAGAGCGAGGCCAAGCAGCGCAAGAUGCAGUCGAUGGUGGCGCUGUCGGCGGGCGCCGUCUCCGGCAUGGCGGGUCGCGCCGCGGGCAUCGGCCUCUCCAAGACGCAGAGCACGCUGCUCAGCCAGGACAAGCCCAAGGCGCCGGGGGCAGCGGGGGCGGCUCUCCAUCAGGUGGUCAAACUGUCGGCAGCAGCCACUCCUGUGGGUGCAGCCGUCUCCGGGGAUUCGACCUCGUCCCAGAAGACGUCAUCGCAGCGGUGCACCAGCAACAGCCACACGGCCACUACGACCACCACCACGACCGCCGAGACGCAACAGCAGCAGUCAGCCAAGUCUGUGGCGCCCACCCCAGUCACUGCCAACAACACCAUCGAGGGCGAGCGUUCCUCCAGUCCGGCCUUUGAGUCCGACGAGGACAGCAGCACCAACAUCGGCCCGCCGCCGACGCCGUGGCGCGGGGCGCAGAACCACCAGCCGAAGCGCUGCUCGCUGGCCAACCUGGUGGUGCAGACUGGCGCCAGCGUGGCGGCGCUGCCCGCCUUCAACGGGCAGGCGUGCGUCGCGCUGUACCCGGUGGGCGGCCGCACGGCGCCGCCCAUGCCGGCCCACCUGUCCGGCCACCCCCAGCAGCCCCAGCAGCAGCCCCAGCAGCAGCAGCAGCAGCAGCUGGCGCAGAUACCAGAGGCGUCCUCCGGCGGCUGCAGCCUGCUCGACACGGACAACCCGUCCGCCGUGGCCGAGCUGUCCGUCAGGACGCUGACGCCGCUGCUGUUUGCGCAGCCCGCCGUGGCGCCAGUGCCGUUGGCGCCAGUGCCGCAGCCGCUCACUCCGUCGCCGCAGCAGCAGCUCACUGGCGCCAGUCCCAUCCCGCCGCCUGCUGCCUUCCAGACAGAGCGAGUUGAGAAUGAGAGCUAUGACGAGGCGGGACUACUGCUUCCAGGUGGAGCCGACGCCGCCCCCGCCGCCGACCCCCCACGGGCCCGCCCCCGCAGCCUGCUGGUGGCGGCGGCCCAGUCGCUCUGCUCCGCCACCUACGACAUCCUGGUGGGGCUGGACGGCGCAGACCUGCGGUACAUGGACGAGAGCUCCAUCACGGUUCCGUCUCCGGCGUUCGAGUCGCCGCCGACGUCCUCGUCUCUGGGGCUGGCCCACGGGGGCGGCGGCUCCGCCUCCACGGCGCCGCCGUCACCUGUGCACUUCUGCACUUCCGCCCCCGCGCCCACCCCCCAGCUGGGGCAGGCGCCGAGCAUGUCGCUACUGCACGCGGCGCUCGUCCGCGGAUCCCCCGCCCCCGGCGCCGCCCCCGGAAGCGCCGCCGGUGGCCAAGGUGGAGACGGCGGUGCGCCUCCGCGGCCCCCAGGACGCAGUGACCACCGUGGUGGAGCAGCACCCCGCCACCCCCGUCGCGACGCUGUUGGCAGCAGUGUGGGCGGCACGACGGUGAUCGCCCGGGAGAGCGGGGGUGGCGGAGGCGGCGGCAGCACUGCGGGCAGCUUCAUUCUCGGGGGCGGCUCGCGUCGCGACUUCGUGCGCAGCAUCGGCAAGCGCUUCAAGGGCGGCGGCAGCAAGCGGCGCUCCAGCAAGAAGGAGUCGUCGGGCCGUCAGAAGUCCAAGUCGGAGAACCGCGCGCGGAAGGCGUUCCGCACCAUCUCCUUCAUCCUUGGGGCGUUCGUCGCCUGCUGGACGCCGUACCACAUCCUGGCGCUCGUCGAGGGUUUCUGCGCGCAGCCGCCCUGCACCAACGAGCACCUCUUCAUGUUCUCCUACUUCCUCUGCUACGCCAACAGCCCCAUGAACCCCUUCUGCUACGCGCUGGCCAACCAGCAGUUCAAGAAGACCUUCACCCGCAUCCUGCGCGGAGAUCUCCACAUGACGUGA